UGGCUGGGUCAAAGGUCAGAGGGCCGCACGGUCAUCCUGGACAAAUGCGUGGUGAACAUUUACAUGAGCGAGCUGCAAAAGCACUACGCCAGCCUGCGCCCGUCUGCUAUUUCUGGAGACACCGCCAUUGAAGUCAGACUGCUGGACAAAGCACUGAACAAGAACGUUAAGGAGGGUCAGAGCUGCUGUUUCAUUCGUCUGGUUCUCCGAUUCUUUGUGGAGCGAGUCUUUGUGAACUUCUCCACGGCUGAAGCUCACGAGCAGAGAGGAGCCAGCGCUGUUGCCAACGGCUUCAUCUCCUUACGCAACAAUAUUCACAAAUGUCACUGUCAGUGUGAAGAAGAGACUCAGAGACUCUUGGACUCUGUCAUCGCUGAGUUUGAUAAGUUAGAGAUCGCUGAAGCUGCAAAGAAAGCUGUUGGAGAAUUGGAUACUGUUUUGGAGUGGCUUGAAGAGCACAGUCAAAGAUCAAGAACCAGGAAAUAAACUACUACUACUACGUCUACUAUGUCUACUACUACAGCACUUAUUAUGUAGAGUCAAAGUGAACUCACAUUGAGUUAAUGUUUAGUGCGGUUAAGCAUUUCAUUUAUUUUAUUUAUGUUAAGUUAAUAUAUGUAUUUAUUGACUAAAAGACAAAAGAGUAAAAUGUGGAAUUUGAAGAAUGUAUUUAUGGCCUUAA